AUGACAACCACCAACGACAUUCAAGAAGAGGAACCACCCACGACCACCCUCGAGAAGCAAGUUAAGACUCUCGCCACGGUUGUGGAACGCCUCACCAGACAAAAUUGUGACCUGGAAGAGGAUAAGUAUUGUCGUUUCCACCACGACCAUGGUCACGAUACAACUAAUUGCUAUGACCUAAAGCAGCAGAUUGAAGCCCUUAUCAGACAAGGAAAACUGCAGAAGUUCGUUAGCAAGGAGAAAACGGAUCCACUCCCACAAGACCAACACCCCCAACGGGAUAAUGAGCGACUAAGGCCCCCGAUAGGGGACAUAAGGAUGAUCGUAGGAGGAACAGCUGUUGUCGGGUCAUCAAAAAAGGCUCGCAAAACCUACCUUCGGAUGGUACAAAAUGUCAAAAGCUACCUUCGGAUGGUACAAAAUGUUCAGCUGACUGGAGUUGUACCGAAGAUAGCACGAAGAGAAGGCCCCAUAAUCGGGUUCUCAGAAGAGGAUACACGACGCCUUCACCAUCCACAUGACGAUGCGCUCGUCGUCAGCUUACGGGUAGAAGAAUAUAAUAUGCACCGGGUGUUGGUCGACAACGGCAGUUUAGCAGAUAUUUUAUACUACCUAGCGUUUCAGCAGAUGGGGAUCGACAGGGAGCGAUUGAUUUCGACAAAUGCCCCACUCGUAGGCUUCGGAGGGAGCCGGGUAUUCCCCUUGGGCGCGGUCACAUUAUCCGUAAUGGUAGGCGAUUACCCUCAGCAGAUAACCAAGGACGUAACAUUCUUGGUGGUCGACUGCUCGUCUGCCUACAACGCUAUCCUCGGACGACCCGCGCUCAAUUCAUGGAAGACGAUAACUUCAACCUACCACCUAAUGAUUAAGUUCCCUACUGACUACGAAGUAAGGGAGCUACGCGGAAGUCAAAUGGCCGUGCGCGAAUGCUACGUAGCCAUGAUGGAAAUGAAGGAUCAGGUUCAGGUUUUGAGUAUAGAAGAGCACCGGACGAUAACGGAGCCAGUAGAGAAGCUAGAAGAGAUACCCCUUGAAAAUUUCGAUCCUGGCUGA